AUGGAAAUUGUUAAUUCUAUUGGUGGGAAGGUCGCUGACUAUUUGUUCCCAGCUGCUGGCGAUCAACUUGGUUACUUGUUUCAUUACAACGACAACAUUCAAAACUUGAAAAAGGAAGCUAAGAAGCUGGCAGAUAGCAGAGGCACUGUGCAAAAGAAAAUCGAAUUUGCUGAAAGAAAUGGAGAAACCAUCUUCGCUACUGUUCAAAGCUGGAUAGCAGAAGCGGAUAAGAUUUCCGCAGAAACUGAAAAGUUUUUGGAAGCCAACAAGAGGUGUCUCAAAGGGUGGUGCAUUAAUCUCAAACAACGUCAUCGAUUCAGUAAGGAGGCAAAGAAGCAUACUCUGGAGAUUUCUGAUCGGCUCCAGGAAGUGGAAAAGUUUGAGAGUGUGUCUUGUCCUGCUCCUCCGCCUGGAAUUAUAUCGUCAUCGAAGUUAUUUUCUUCAGGCACUUUCAAAUCUAGAAAUUCAAUUAAGAAGAAAAUCGUGAAGGCGUUAGUUGAUGAUCAUAAUGUCAGCAUAAUUGGAAUAUGUGGGAUGGGGGGCGUGGGUAAGACCACACUGGUCAAAGAGAUCAGCAAACAAGCAAAAGAAGAAAAGAUCUAUGAUGCAGUAGUGAUGGCGGUUGUGUCUCAAACUCCUAAUAUUGCGAAGAUUCAAGAGGAAAUUGCAAACAUGCUGGGUUUGAAACUGUCGACUGAAAUCGAGUCAGGAAGAGCACGAUCCUUGUGGGAGAGAAUCAAGGAAGAGAAGCGGAUUCUUGUGGUGUUGGAUGAUAUUUGGAGAAGAAUCGAAUUGGAUGAGAUUGGUAUUCCUUACGGUGAUGACCAUAAAGGUUGCAAAAUUGUGAUCACUUCUCGAAGCAAACUUGUAUGUAAUCAACAGGAUUGUCAAAAGGUAUUCACAAUUGAAACGUUAUCGAAACAAGAAAGUUGGGUUCUUUUCAAGGAGAUUGUCGGCGAGAUUGUGGAAAACUCUGAUAUAGACUUAAUUGCAAGAGAUGUAGCUGCUAAAUGUGGUGGCUUGCCAAUUGCAAUCGUGACUGUAGCAAGAGCGUUGAAGGGAAAGAACAAGCAUGUCUGGAGUGAUGCAGCACGACAACUUAAGAAGUCCACCCCAUCAAAUAUCCCAGGAAUGGAGAGCAACAUUAUUUCAUCUCUGGAAUUGAGCUUCAAUUAUCUCGAGACUGUGGAGGCAAAAUCACUUUUCUUAUUUUGUAGCUUAUUUCCAGAGGAUCACAAAAUUCCAAUUGAAGAUUUGGUUACAUACGGGAUCGGAUUAAGGUGGGCUGAAGACUUCGAUGAGAAGAUAGAAGAUGUCAGAGAUAGAAUAUUUGGUAUUGUAAGUACCAUCACCUCUUCUUUUCUCUUAAUUGAUGAUGGUGAAAAGUUUGUUAAAAUGCAUGAUGUUAUCCGUGAUUUUGCGUUAACGAUAGCUCCUAAAUACAACCAUAAAUACAUGGCGAAAGCUGGCAUUGGUUUACAAGAGUGGCUAAAUAGAGAUACAUUUGAAAAUCUCACAUGUAUCUCAUUGAUGGCAAAUAACAUUAGGGAGCUGCCUAAAGGGUUGGAAUGUCCAAAACUACAGGCUUUGUUACUACAAGAAAAUAGAAAUUUGGUUGUCCCUGGUUGUUUCUUUCAAGAAAUGAAAGAUCUCAAAGUUUUAGAUUUGAGCGAAACUGAACUCUUGUCAUUGCCUGACUCACUUUCAUUUCUUUCAACUAUUAGAACACUAAAUCUUAGUGCUUGCAAUUUGGGGGACCUAUCAGUGAUUGGAAGUCUAAGUAAACUAGAGAUUCUUAACCUUUGUGAUUCUUAUAUUGAAGAGAUCCCCGUAUCCUUUAACCAAUUAAGUAAUCUCAGAUUAUUAGAUUUGAAUAAUUGUUGGUGGUUAACACUAAUACCUUGUGGUGUUAUACACUCUCUUAAAAAGUUAGAGGAGUUGUACAUUGAUAGAUUUAAGCAAUGGGAAUAUGAAAGUGAAAAUUUGAAAAGCAAUGCCAGUCUUGUUGAGUUAGAAGCCUUGUCCCGAUUGACUCAUUUAGAGAUUUCUAUUUCAAACCUUGAACUCUCACCAAAAUUAUUUGUAUUCCCAAAUAACCUGUCCAAAUUUAAAUUAGGAAUAGGUUAUGGUAAACUUUUUGAGCCUUUUUCGGAUGCGAGUAGAUACUCAAGAAGUAUGUAUGUCUCACAAACCAACAUUUCAAAAAUACAUGAUUGGGUUAACGGUUUGCUCAAAAGAACUGAGUAUCUAGUUUUAGAGGAAAUUGGUAAUUUAGAGAGUAUUAGCCAUAACCUAGUUGAAGAAGGGUUCAAUGAAUUGAAGUAUCUUGAUAUCACAUCAUGUGAUGAGAUAAAGUAUCUCCUAAAUACAUUGGAAUGGACACCAAACUCAACUUUCUACAAUUUAGAGGAAUCGUAUAUGUAUUCUAACCCCAACUUGGUUGAACUAUGUCAUGGACAACCUCCAGCCCCAUCUUUUAGUAAAUUAAAAAUUUUAAGAGUGUAUAGGUGCCACAACAUGUUAAAUGUUGUACCAAGUCUACUCCAAAGCCUUAUUUGUUUGGAAGAAAUAGAUAUAGAUUAUUGCAAUAAUUUAGAGGAGAUCUUUGAGAAGAAAGAAGCUUUGGAUGAGGAGUUAGACCACACCAUAACCUCCCCAAGUUUGGGAAACCUAACUUCUAUAAAGAUAAGUUCAUGUCCUAAAUUCAAAAACUUCUUCACUCCUUCCAUUGUCAAAUGCCUGGUGAAGCUCAAAAGCCUUAAAGUGUGGUUUUGCUUAACAAUAGAAGAAAUAGUCACAAAUGAGAAAGGAGAAAAAGAAGCAUCAAUAGAUAGGAUAGUGUUUCCUAGUUUGUACUACUUGGAACUUGGAUUUCUAAAGAGCCUUACUUGUUUUAGCUCUGGAUCAUAUACUAUUGAAUACCCAACAUUGGAGAGGCUAGAGAUAAGUGAAUGUGGAAAAAUGAAGACCUUUGGUUAUGGAGAGCAAGCGACACCCAAGCUUAACGAAGUGCUUGUGGGAUAUUGGAAUGAAGAACGUUGGAAUGGCAACUUGAAUGCCACGGUGCAAGAGUUGUUCAAUGAACAGGUCCCAUGUUUUAUGUUAGGUUUUACCAGUAUUAAGAGAAUGUCAAUGGAAGGUCAUCCAGGGUUUGAUUGUGAAGAAGAAGACGAAGAAAAAGAAGAUGAAGAACUUCUUUUGAAAGAUAUUAAGAUGUUGAUGCAAGAGAUUGUAAUAAUUUGA